AUGUCGCCUUCGCUCAACGGCCUUGGCCUGGCUUCACCAAGCCCCUCAGACGCCGAUUUAGCAGACUUUACCAAUCGCUUCGAGCAUUUCCAGCAAUUCGAGGAUGAAAAGUCCAAGUUCAUGACCGAGGUGAAAAAUCGGUAUGAAUAUAUGCACCAGCAGUACCAUGCAUUGGCUGCCGAACGCGACCGUGAUCGCAACUGGAUCCUUGCAUGGCAAAAUGAGAAGCAGCAGUAUGAGAAGUCGCACAGGAAUCUGCAGCGGAAUAUGGCUGAGAACCCAUUUAUCAUGGUCCUGAUUGACGGCGACGGCAUGGUUUUUUGUGACGACUACCUUCGCGAAGGAGAGCAAGGUGGCCGCCGAGCUGCUGUCCAACUGUUCGCAGAUAUACACGAGUAUAUUGAGAACGAGUGUCAGGAUAUUCCCUUCGGUUACCGGAUCGUCUGCCGCAUCUAUGCAAACGUUCGGGGGCUCGGCGACGUGCUUGUACGCAGGGGAAUCUACGAAGAUAUCAUUGAGUUCGAGGACUUUGUGCGUGGAUUCACGCGGGGAAAGACCCUUUUUGAUUUUGUCGACGUCGGUGCGGGAAAAGAUCGUGCUGACGAGAAGAUCAUCGAAUUGCUCAAAUUAUACUCGCAAGAUUAUCAUUGCCGUCGGAUUCUCUUCGGCUGCUCACACGAUAAUGGCUACGCGCGAACGCUUGAGCAGUGCUCCGAUCGCCUUCAGGUGACAAACAAGGUCGUCCUCCUCGAAGGUGUCCCAUUUGAGAAGGAACUUGUAUGCCUCCCGUACCGAACGAAGAAGUUUCCAGGUCUCUUUAGGGACACUAAGCUUGUGGUUUGGGGAUAUGGUCCUACUACAUACGCCAACACCUACGCCAACGGUCUUCCUCCAGCAUUCGUUCCCGGCAAAAUCAAUUCAAAUGAUAGUUCGAAGGCGUCUAUAGUUUCGACAGGCCUGCCAAGCCGAUUUCCCGCCCCAUCGAGGUCUCCCAUCAUGGACAGUCCUUUGCCAAACCGAGCCGCAACGACGACUUUGCCUAGAACGCCUUCAACCUCAACACUGGCUUCGGACAAUACGUUUCCAGCACUCAAGCCAGAUCCACCAGCUCCACUUCUGAACUGGGCCGCUAAGGCAGCUGCUCCGCCGCCACCCGUUACAGACACCCCCGUGUACAAGCCCGCAAACCGCGAAGAAGUCAUCGCUCGUAACCGUGCAGGCCAACGCAUCGAUCUGCCGUGCAAGGACUACGAUAAGACUGAGGUGGACCGCAUGAAGAAGAUCAAACUGUGCAACGUUCACUUCCUUCGAGCCGAGUGCCCCUACGACACAAAAUGCACCCACCUCCAUGCGUACAAGCCUACUAGCGACGAGUUGGCUACCCUCCGCCUCGUCGCCCGCAUGGCACCGUGCAGCAACGGUAGUGUUUGCCAGGAUAUUAGGUGUAUCUAUGGUCACCGCUGCCCAGCACCGCCCCACAAGACUCACUACGCCAAGGGCACAAAGAGCUGUAUUUUCGGCGAGUCUUGCAAGUUUCCAGCGAGCUUGCAUGACAUCGACACCAAUGUAGUCAAGACCCUGGUUGUUCGCUAG